AUGAUCAUCUACAAGGACAUUCUUAGCGAUGACGAGAUUAUCUCGGACUCGUUCGACCUCAAGGAGGUUGACGACAUUGUCUUCGAGGCUGACUGCGCCAUGAUCACCGAGGGUGCUGUCGAUGUUGACAUUGGCGCCAAUGCGUCUGCCGAGGAGGCUGACGAGGGCACCGAGGACUCGGCUGUGCGGGUCAACAACAUUGUGCACUCGUUCCGGCUGCAGUCGACGUCGUUUGACAAGAAGUCGUACCUCAGCUACCUCAAGGGCUACCUGAAGUCGGUCAAGAGCAAGAUGCAGGAGACGGGCAAGUCGGAGGAGGAGAUCAAGGCGUUUGAGACUGGUGCGCAGAAGUUCGUCAAGAACACGCUGCUGCCCAACUUCAAGGACUUUGAGUUCUACACCGGCGAGUCGAUGAACCCGGACGCAAUGGUUGUUCUGCUGAACUACCGCGAGGACGGCACGACGCCCUACAUCAUUGCCUGGAAGCACGGUCUGACCGGCAUGAAGGUGUAA